GAAUGCACUAGAAAAAAGCUGUUUGCACAUUCAAUCUAACUUCAGAUCAUGUGUCUCCUCCCCGUGUCUGUCAAAUGGCCGGAAGGGGCUAAGGUAAAAGCAUCCACUGUGCAGUUUCGCGUGGUUAUUGCAAUUGGUUUUACUUGGGGGGGACCGACACCGACUGCAUUCACCACCAGCACACACCCCUCAGCACCGGUGAUGCAUCCCCGCGGCAAGGGCACGGAUAACUCCUCUUUAGAGUCGUCUCGACUUUAGAAUGGUACAGAAAUCUCUCAACGGCGGGGUUUACCCAACUCAAGCCGGAGAGAAGAAGCACAAAGUCGGCUUUGUCGGUUUGGACCCCGGUGCUCCUGAAUCCAGCAGGGAUGGGGCGCUGCUCAUUGCGGGUUCGGAAAGCACCAAGCGCAGCGGCAUCCUAUGCAGACCGAGGUCCAGCAUCUCCGGAGGGAGACCCAGACCGUCGAAGAAAAAUGCCAGCUAUCGAAAACUACAGAAUUUUCUCUAUAAUGCGCUGGAAAGACCGCGGGGAUGGGCGUUCAUCUACCACGCUUAUGUCUUCCUCUUGGUCUUCUCCUGUCUCAUACUUUCAGUCUUUGCCACCAUCAAAGAGUUCAAAAAUAGCUCAGAGAGUGCCUUGUACAUCCUGGAAAUUGUGACCAUCGUGGUGUUUGGAGUGGAAUACAUUGUAAGGAUAUGGGCUGCUGGCUGCUGCUGUCGAUACAGAGGAUGGAGAGGGAGGCUCAAAUUUGCCAGAAAGCCUUUCUGUGUCAUAGACAUUAUGGUGCUGAUUGCCUCAGUAUCUGUACUGGCAGCUGGAUCUCAGGGCAAUGUUUUUGCCACCUCGGCCAUCAGGAGUCUGAGGUUCCUGCAGAUCCUGCGCAUGCUGCGUAUGGACCGCCGUGGAGGAACAUGGAAGCUGCUUGGAUCUGUAGUUUAUGCACACAGCAAGGAGCUCAUCACAGCAUGGUACAUAGGCUUCCUUUGUCUCAUCCUGGCUUCAUUCCUUGUCUAUUCUGUGGAAAAGGAGUCAAAUGAUGAGUUUGAGACCUAUGCUGAUGCUCUUUGGUGGGGACUGAUCACUCUCACCACCAUUGGUUAUGGUGAUAAGGUUCCAAAGACCUGGAAUGGACGCUUGUUGGCAGCCACAUUCAGCAUGAUUGGGGUGGCCUUCUUUGCACUUCCGGCUGGCAUCCUGGGUUCUGGUUUUGCUCUCAAAGUCCAAGAGCAACACAGACAGAAACAUUUUGAGAAGAGACGUAACCCUGCAGCAGGCCUCAUCCAGGGUGCUUGGAGGUUUUAUGCCACCAACCUUUCCCGUACAGAUCUGUUGUGCACUUGGGAUUUUUAUGAGCAGACUGUGGCUAUUCCAAUGUACAGACUUAUUCCACCUCUGAAUCAGCUGGACCUGCUGAGGAAUCUAAAGGGCAAGUCAUUCAGGAAGGAAUCUCAAACAGAUACCUCUCCCAGUAAUGAAAAUGCACACAAAGACAGACUUUGCGGGUGCUGUCCGAGAACUCUUAGUCGGAAGCCCAGCCUCAAGGAUAAAGUAUUCCCCAGUCCUUCCAAGGCUCCAGUGGUCAAGGGAAAGUCCCAGUCUCCAGGGCCAGAGGAUGGGGCUGAGGCGAGCCCAGGCAAGGUCACCAAGAGCUGGAGCUUCAGUGAGAAGAACAAAGGACCAAAGCACUCCUUCAGAGUCCGGGGCAGCACCUCACGCCAAAACUCAGAGGUGCUGAUUGAAAUGCAGGACGAAGACUUUGGACUGAAGAGUUCUCCAGCAAUUGAAGGUUUAAUAAAGGCGAGCCUUCCAGGGGAGGAAAUUGGUGAUGAUAAGAGCUGCCACUGUGAGUUUCUCACUCAAGAUUUACCAUCAAGCUUGAAGGUUACAAUAAGGGCAAUCUGCAUCAUGAAGUUUCUGGUGUCAAAGAGGAGGUUCAAAGAGAGCCUGCGGCCUUACGAUGUCAUGGACGUGAUUGAGCAGUACUCUGCAGGUCACCUGGACAUGCUGUCUCGCAUUAAGAACUUGCAGUCCAGAGUUGACCAGAUAGUUGGUAAAGGUGCUAAACCUGACGGAGAGGCAGCAGACGACCAGAGCAUGAUGGGACGUCUGGUCAAAGUGGAAAAGCAGGUGGUCUGUAUGGACAGGAAACUUGAUUUCCUGGUCAAUGUGUAUGCGCAGCGUAUGGGUAUACCUCGCUCAGAAACAGAGGCCUUUUUCAACUCCAAAGAGCCGUAUCCAGCACCGCCUUACCAUAGCCCAGAGGAGAGCAAGGUUGAGAAGGAAGAUAAAGAGGAGGUGAAGGAGGAAAAGGAGGUGAAGUCAUGCUCACCUGCAGAUGUCCCAUGUUCUGAUGGAUCUUUGGAAAAGAAAGAUCCUUUGCUGGGUCGGUCUGUGGCGAUAUCGGUGGGUACACCCUCUGGCAGCCACAGCCGCCCCUCUACCUCCUGGCAGCACCAGCUGCAGCACCCCCUCAGCCAGCCUGCCUGGAACAGCAGCGUGGCCAACACCCCUUCACCAGUCGGUGGAAAUGGUGAUCAUUCACCGACCCUAUUCCGCCUUCCACCUCCACCUGCUCCAAUUCACGACCGAUCAUCCUCCGGCCCGGCUGGCAGUGCCAGAGAAAGCAGCUCCCAGGGCAGGAGGCGCCACAGGAGGAACAGGUGUCAGCAGGACACCGCCGCCGUAGAGAGCGAUACAUCUCUAUCCAUCCCAUCUGUUGACCACGAGGAGCUGGAGCGCUCCUUCAGUGGCUUCAGCAUCUCCCAGGCCAAGGAGGACUUCUUUGGGCCUUCUUUCUUUACGGGCUCAGGAGGGGGAGCUGCAGCAGCACCUGAAGCUGCUGCUGGACCCUCUCUCUGUGCUAGGGUCAGACCCUUCAUAGCAGAGGGAGAAUCAGACACAGACUCUGACCUCUACGCUCCCUCACCUCUGUCCUUCACCGGAGAGGUCUGCGGAGAGAGGGCAUGGCCAGGACUAAAGUAAGUCAGGAAGGACUACUCUGCCUGGAAGAGAUGCUUGGGAUAAAAGAGUUGCCAAUAGGAGACCUUUCAUGGGACCUUGUCGCCAACUGACUGUCUGUUGUGGCUGGUGUUGGCAUUACAGACUAAAGGAAUGGUUACAAUUAGUAUAUGAAAACAAAGGGGUUGUCCUUCAUCACCAUUUUUCUUUUGUGAUGUAACACUUUACAAGCAAUGCUUAAUUACAGUUGCAUUGUAUCCAUCAAGAUUUUGAUUGAUGAUGUUUAGGAAAAUUUAGUUAACUCAGUUGGUUCUGUUGUAGUUAUUAAUGAUAAAAGGUACAUGAGAGUAUGUGUGUGAGAGACACUUCAUUUUUCAUCAAACCUACAUGUUGAUUUGUAUGAAACAUUGAUUUCUUUUAUGAACAAUGAGUGUAUUUCAGCACUUUCUGAGUUACACUGAUCACUUUAACUUUCCAAACAUUGUGGGAGUUAGUAAUGCAAGAUUGUUAAAGUCUUAUCACAUGGUUAGCAUAGUGUCUUGAUAACUUCUAUACCUUUGAAUGACUUGAGGUGUUAUGAUGCCAAACCUUAGCUAUGAUAACCAAUUAGAUUCUCGCAGAGUAAAAAUAAAUGUGCUUGCUUUUCAGGAUCAUUAAUUCAGCCUGGUGUUUACUUAAUACUAAAGAAGAAGUUCCCCUCAAAAUAUUGCCAAUAUUCUCCCCUCGUCAAGUAAAGCAGUGAACCUGCAGCAUGGCAUGUUAAAAUGGUUGAUUUAAGGACUGUGUUAAGCAGGCUACAAAAACCAAACAGAUGCAAAAAGUCAGCAGAAUUCUUUUUUUUUUUUCGUCACUACAAACAAACAGAACAGUGAAUAAAACAUGAAAUGAAUGUGCAUGCAUGACUGGUUUCAAGCCACAAUGUGUUCAUUUUUUUAUGGGGCUUUGCUUGAACUCCAAUCAUGUAAAUGCAGCCUGAGCUUGCUAAUUUCACUGGCUCUUCUUUUCUGGACAAAUAUGUCCAUGAAUUAUGUACACAUAAAAACACAAAAGCAGAUGUUUGGUGUCACGUGUGAUAACAUAUCGUGAUAACACAACAUGCAGGGUUGCAGUUGGAAUGAGCGGGAUGUGAUGUUAUUUAGCCCGCAGUGCAUAGGUCAGUCAUUUAGACUCUUUGCUGCUAUGUCAGUUCUGCACUACAUGAGGAAAUGCAAUAAAAAGCAAGUGAGGCAAUCAAGAACCGUCCUUCAGCAACAUGAACAUGGCCUUAUUUUUCUUUGGUCUCUUUGGUUUGUAAGAAAACACAAUUUCAAUCUAAACAUUUCAUGAAGGUAGUGCAAGUACAUUUUCAGGUGUUAAAUAGGAGGUUCUGUGGCCUGAGAGCAGUUGUUCCAGGUUACAAAUUUAGUCAUUGAUAAUGCUCAAUGCUCAAAGCAUGGGAUUUAUAGGGGCAUCUGAAGCAUGAACACUUCUUCCUGAGUCAUAGCAAACAUUUUCAUAGAAACAAUAAAACAUAGACAUGAUGAGAGGGGGCUAUCAUUUAGUAAAAAAAAAAAAAAACUAUUCACACAUGAUACACAAUCCAUAUUUUUCAGAAACAAAGAUACAAAUCUGCUGGCAUGUUUUCUACAACCCCAAAGAAAGGACCUGUAUGGUUUUAUGAUACAGUAGCUUUUAUUUUGACACCGUCAUGUAACUGCACUUUCUUCUUCGUCGUCUUCU